UUAGGUUUUUGUUUUAGUUGUUGAAAUUACAGAUAAUUGAAUAAAAAAUGGAGGACACGACAACACCUCCACAACCAAGUAGCAAAGAUCUCGACGAAUGGAUUGAACAAUUAUUUGAUUGCAAACAAUUGUCAGAAAAUCAAGUCAAAACUGUGUGUGAUAAGGCCCGGGAGAUAUUACAAGGAGAAUCGAAUGUACAAGAAGUGAAAUGUCCAGUAACAGUUUGUGGGGACGUACAUGGACAGUUUCAUGAUCUUAUGGAGUUGUUUCGAAUUGGAGGAAAAUCUCCAGACACAAACUACCUUUUCAUGGGUGAUUAUGUGGACAGAGGUUACUACUCAGUGGAAACUGUUACGUUGCUUGUGGCUUUGAAAGUUCGAUACCAACAUCGUAUCACCAUCUUACGUGGAAACCAUGAAUCUCGUCAAAUCACCCAAGUUUAUGGGUUUUACGAUGAAUGCUUGCGGAAAUACGGGAACGCAAACGUUUGGAAGUAUUUUACGGACUUGUUUGAUUACUUGCCUCUUACUGCGUUAGUUGACAGUCAGAUAUUCUGUCUGCAUGGUGGUCUAUCUCCAUCUAUUGAUACAUUAGAUCAUAUACGAGCAUUGGACAGAUUACAAGAAGUUCCUCAUGAGGGCCCGAUGUGCGACCUCCUCUGGUCUGACCCCGAUGACAGGGGUGGUUGGGGUAUUUCCCCUCGUGGGGCGGGGUACACCUUCGGACAAGAUAUAUCGGAAACUUUCAACCAUCACAACCACCUUACGUUGAUAUCGAGAGCUCAUCAACUUGUUAUGGAGGGAUACAACUGGUGUCAUGAUCGUAAUGUUGUAACAAUCUUUAGCGCUCCUAACUAUUGCUAUAGAUGCGGCAACCAGGCAGCUCUAAUGGAAUUAGAUGAUACUCUACGAUACUCAUUUUUGCAGUUUGACCCAGCACCAAGACGAGGAGAGCCCCAUGUUACCCGCCGUACCCCUGAUUACUUCUUGUAAAUGAGCCCCCACUUAUGUAGAUAUCACCCAUGGCCCAUGCCACACCCCAGGCGUGUUUCACCCCAUAAUUUUUUCACUCAAAAAUUCUCAAAAAAAUUCCCAAUUCAUUGUCCGCUGUGUUGUAGUUAGCAUGUGUCUGUUCUGUGUUUCAAAUUCUCGACAAAAAGCGUCAGAUUUCAGAUUUUUAAAUCUUUUUUUUCGAGGGGAAACAAGUUUUCGGUUAUGAAAACUUUUUUCUUUCCCAACACAGAUGCUACUGUUACAUGUGCGCCAAGUAUAAAAGUUCUAUAUUAUCUAGUGAAUGCUUUAAACUGCUGUUCGCUUUGCCCUGUGCUAAUUUAAGAAACUUUGACCAACAUUAGGUAUACUGUAGCGUAUUCGUUUGUAAUUUGGAAGACAAUUUUAUCAAAUAAAAUACUGUACGACCCAAUAA